AUGGUCAACGUAGAGAUUCCACCUCACUACACAAACUCGCCGGCCGGAUCACUUAGUGGUACGCCGCAUUUGACGAUCAAUAAGGACAUUACUGCUCUCGAUCUCGACAGCAGCAAUGCAUUCGAAGGGCCAGAGAAGCUCCUAGAGGUAUGGUUCAGUCCAUCGGAGAAGGCGCUUCCAGCGUCUGCUUCUCCACUGGGCUUGAAGGCUGUCUCGCAGGACUCAUGGAAGGAGAUGCUUGACCUGGUGAACUGCAAGGUUUUAUCGGUCAUCGAUUCUAAGAACGUCGAUGCAUACCUUCUGUCGGAGUCGAGCAUGUUUGUCUUUCCGCACAAGCUGGUGCUGAAGACAUGCGGCACAACUACGCUCUUGCUAGGCUUGUCCCGCAUGCUGGAGAUCGCAGCUCUCGAGGCUGGCUUCCCACAUGUCAAGGCCGGCUUCGGCGAUGGAGUCACUGCAGCAGCUACUCCUUACCGUGUGUUCUACAGCCGCAAGAAUUUCCUGUUCCCGACUCAGCAGCGCGGACCACACCGCAGCUGGCGUGAUGAGGUGCGCUACCUCGACAAGAUGUUCUUAGGCGGCAGCGCCUACAUGAUUGGCAAGAUGAACGGCGAUCAUUGGUACCUGUACAUCACUGGACCACGUACUCAAUUGACUCCGCCCGCCACGCCAGAGGAGCAGGUCUUCCAGACCCCGACGCAGAAGACGAUGCUGCCUGAGAAGCUCAACGGCAUGAGCUUGGCUGACGCGGAGCCAGAGGAUGAGACUUUGGAGAUCCUCAUGAUUGACCUGGAGGAAGACAAUGCUCGCCAAUUCUACCUGGAGGAUGCCAGCAACAUUGCGCAGGACAACGCACGCCGUGCCCACCUCCUUCGCAAGGAUGCUUUCCACCACUUGGGUGUCAUUCCAGAAGCCAAUGGUUCUGAUCCAAGCAUUUCUGGCAAUACUGUCGUCAACGGAGGCGACGACCCAUCGUUCGAUGUCUUCGCGCAGACUUCCAGCGACCACUCUGGCUACAGCACCCCAGCCGACGAAGAGCCAUUGACCUGUGCCGAAGAGCUCAGCACCGAAGGCCACACCCUUGGCUCAGUCGUCACCGAGAACUGUGGCCUCGCAGACGUCUAUCCGACCUCCAAGUACCCUGACGCCCGCAUUGAUUCCUACCUCUUCACACCCUGCGGCUACUCCGCCAACGGCGUCGUUCCCAUGCCCGGCGAUGGCGAGUCCACCAAUUACUGGACCGUUCACGUUACGCCAGAGCCACAAUGCUCCUACGCCAGUUUCGAGACCAAUGUUCCAACCCGCCACACUGGUCGUCAGACCGUUGAUGUUGUGCAGCAGGUCGUGGGAAUCUUCAAGCCGGGUCGCUUCAGUGUCACGUUGUUCGAGGCGAAGGAUGGCGAAGAUCAGGCGUACGCCAAGAACGAUAAGCGUAUGGAUCACAUCAAGGGCUACCGCAGAGUUGAUCGGAUUGUGCACGAUUUGGAGGGCUACGAGUUGGUUUUCAGGUACUUUGAGAGGAAUGAUUGGGAGGGUGGUGCUCCGAGGUUGGGGGAGCCUAGCCCGUGA